AAACAUAAGGUAUUAUUUUGUCAUAUUUCUCAGAAACUCAGGCUUUCUUUAUAGACUCCGAAUCUCUACUCUCUCUUCUCCGGCGACUCCAAUCUUCUUUUAAUCAGUGUUAUUGCAGAUAAACCAUGAUACGCUCUUUGUCAAGUCGCGCAUCAAAGAGAAUACUCUCUUCUGUUAUUCCUUGCUAUGGAAAUGCUUCUUCUUUCUCUAUGGUCUUAAGACAACCAUACAGAAGUUCAACUCUGCGACAGAUAUUUUAUAAGUCACAACGAAAUGCUAUUCCUUGUGAUUUCUUGAAAUGGGGUUCGCUUGGUUCCAUUAGGACAUCAAAAUUUGCUUCUGGCUUCAGCCCGUUGAAGCCAAAGCCCUUGGACUCUAUUAUUGACAUGGAGAGGGCGAAAAACAAAUCAGCUGAAGAGCUUGCUGACGUUUGGGAUGAUUAUCACUUGGGAAGAGGUCAUAUUGCAGCAUCAAUGAAAGCUAAGUUAUAUAAGCUCUUCGAGCAAAGAUCUUCAAGUUGCCGAUAUUUUGUGAUUCCACUGUGGAGGGGAAGUGGUUAUACAACCAUGUUUGUGCAAGUGCAGGCGCCACACAUGCUUAUCACAGGCCUUGAAGAUUACAAGGCAAGAGGAACUCAAGCUUCUCCAUACUUCACAGUUUCUUACUACACCGAAUUUGCUGAAAGCAAGGAUCUGGUUCUUGUUCGAGGGGACAUUGUCUUUACUAGCAAGCUCGCCGACUUGGAGGCAAAAUGGCUUUUGGACACUGCACAAUCUUUUUACUUGAAUGAUGUCAGGUACAAACUAGUGGAGCGUUUCAAUAGAGAAACGAGGGAAUUCGAGUUCAAAGAUGUUUUACAAACUUUGGAGAUGCCUAUAUUGUGAUUGAAACAUCUGAAAUCGAUCUUCUCGCAUAAGAGAAAUCCAAAUAUAUGGAGUUUGGUCAAAAUGGAUCAUUCAGAAAUCAGCAUCAAGAGAAUUGUUGUUCUCCUGCCAUUCUGACAGGCAAUUGUGUCUGCCAAGCAUAAUGAAUGUAUUGCAUUAGCAAACAAUCUUUUCUAGCUUUGAUUAUUCAUUGAGGCAAAAGUCAAGUAUCUUCAUGGUGUUGUUUUUCUUUCUUUCUUUUCAAUAAUAGCAAUUACUCUUUUAGGGAAAAAAAGAAGAGAAAAGGGCUGAUGGUAGCUGUGUUGUAUUUCUCAAAGAAAGCUUCCUAAUUUCAUAGAUCUGCAAUAAUGUGAUUUUAGGUCUGUCUUUCAACUUCUUAUAACACCUUGAAUUACCAUGGUUUCUCACCUGUAAACUUGUGCAUUUGGAGAUAUACAUAAACAAUGCCAAACAGUCUCAGGAGAUGCAUGUUUUGUGAUGAAAUUACUUAAAUUGAUUAUAUCAUAAGAGCAAUCGGAAGAGACGGAAUUUUGAUGAGGAAGGAUCAUACAGCAAUCAGCAACAAUGGAAUUGGCAGUUCUUUUCGUCAUUCCAAGGGAAAACCUGUGUUUAUCUAGUAGAAUAUUUGAACGGGAUGUUAUUAACAAUCUUUUCUUGUUCUGAUUCCCUUUUUUUUUUUUAAAACAAAAAUCCGUGUUACAUUCUAAUAAGGUUGAUGGUAGCUUGAAGAUUGUGUCUAGAGAGAUUUUGUUGAGCUACUAUAAAGAGAGCUGUGAUGUAAUGGUAAAAGUUGUUGUUUCCGUAAAA